GACCAAGAAAAAUAACGAAAAGACUAGGAAUAAUCUUGAGACCACUGUCAAAACUUUGAUUGAAAAGCAUGGUGCCACUGUUCAUGUCUUAGUUAGUGAUAGCAAUAUAUUUCAAGGUAUUUACUUUCAAGACAAUGCAAUGAAGCAGUCUUUUUCUUCUUAUCCUGAAUUCUUAUGCGUGGAUGCAACAUAUAAGUUGCUGGAAUUGCGACUCCCUUUGUAUAUAUUGCUCGUGGAGGAUGGCAAUGGGGAAAGUGAAGUUGCAGCGGCAUUUCUGUUGUUGGAUGAAAACGAAUCUUCUCUUACCAAUAUUUCCAGGAUAUUUAAAGAAGAAAAUCCAGCUUGGGAGAAAGUAAGAGUAAUAAUGACAGAUAAAGACAUGACAGAAAGGCACGUCUUUGCUUCUCAGUUUCCCAACGCCCAAAUGCUAAUUUGCCUAUAUCACACAUUUCGCUCAUUCCGAAGGGAGAUUACUACAGAAAAGAUGGGUAUUACAUCAGGUCAAAGAUCUUUGUAUCUUGAACUACUUCAGCAAAUGGCGUAUGCUACGAAUGAAGAUAAGUAUGAUGAAAUAUAUACUAGGCUCAAGGAUUGUGCACCAAGUACUGUCAUUCAGUACUUCAAUGAAAACUGGCACCCGAUACGAAAGCAAUGGACAAUGGGGAUGAAAUAUUCUAGUGGAAAUUUUUUGAAUAACACGAACAAUCGAUUGGAAUCUCUAAACUCGAAGCUUAAGUCUGUCAUAUCUCGUUAUUCCUCUUUAGAAGAAUUUAUUGAAAAGUUCUUCCUAACGUUAAGUGUACUGCGAUCCGAACGUGACCACAAAGCAGGUCUUACUGCUCAGAAGGUUCAUGUUGUUCCAGAAUCUACCGAUCCAGGUUUAAUCAGAUACAUGUCCCAUCUCACUCAUUACGCUUAUCAGUUUGUUUCCAGACAAAUGUCAUUGAAAGAUAAAGUGCAAAUUAUUAGUGUUAGUGACCAGGAAUAUUGUGUUAAAUCAUCAGAAGGUGAACUAGUUGUUACACCCACUUCCUGCCAUUGUAUGCAGUGGCAGUCAAUGAGACUGCCUUGUCGUCACAUCAUUGCUGUCCGAAUUGACGCCAAUAUGGAUAUAUUUGAGCCUUCUCUUUGUGAUAAACGUUGGACUAUGGAGUACUACAAGGCUUCACAGCGUGUCUUCCUUAAUGAUCACGAAGGACAAUCAUCAGAUUGCUCCGUGGUAAUGUGUUCUCCACCAAAGAAAAAAGUUUUAUCUCAGGCAAGUAAUUAUCUCCAAUAAAUUAUGUUUAUUACCAAUCCCUAAUUUCUUAUAGUUUGAAAAAUUUCGUCACGUGUCUAAGAUUACAACAAAACUUGCAUCUUUGGCAUCUGAAGUAGUUGGUUCUGAAUUUGAAGCACGUUGUGACCAUUUAGAGAAGAUAAUUGCAUCAUGGGAGCAAGGAGAAAGUACAUCAAUGUUGUGUGGAUUCACAGAGGGUAUGGUGGACUCUGUUAAUUGUAAAUAAUUGACUUUUUGUUUUAUAUUUUAGGAAGGGAGUGCUUCCAAGAUACUAAUGAGAGUCAGUUUCAAGAUAUAUGUGAUGAAAGUGAAGACGUUGGACAUAGUUACAACCUGCAAACUCAAGAUAAUUUGGAGAAUGACAGUAUGUGUACAAUUAAUUGGUAUAGAUAUAUCGACAUUAAUGCAUGCAGGUGAUACACCUUCAUCAAAUCUCAGGAAGAUUACUUCUAGGGAGCUUAUGAAUGUAAGUUUUGAUACAUAUGUAUAUUUGUUUUAGUUGUUCAUAGUU